AUGGCAUUACUCACUGGAAAUGCAGAUCCUGCGUUCAGCUCCUACUCCUUCAAUAACUUGGAAAGCUUGUAUGAAGUGCAAACCGAGAAAGGACUUUUCUACAAAAAGGCCAAACUUCUGCACCCUGGGGAAGACUUGUGCUGCUUAGCCCGCCUGGAUGACCGGACCAGGUUUGUGAUCAUCAAUGUAGGUGGCAUUAAAUACAAAAUCCCGUGGACCACCUUGGAGAACUGCCCCUUGACCAGGCUUGGGAAGCUAAAAUCUUGCAACAAUUAUGAUGAGAUCAUGAACAUCUGUGAUGACUAUGAUGUUAGCUGCAAUGAAUUUUUUUUUGACCGUAAUCCUUGUGCCUUCAGGACAAUCAUGACUUUCCUGACAGCUGGGAAGCUGAGGCUGCUCAGGGAGAUGUGUGCUCUUUCUUUUCAGGAGGAACUUGUGUACUGGGGAAUAGAAGAGGACCACCUGGAGUGGUGCUGUAAAAAGAGAUUGCGACAGAAAGAGGAGGAGGCAGCUGAGGCCAGGCUGUAUGAAGGGGAGAUGGUAUUUAGUGAAACUACGCAAUGUGCCUUCCAGGACAAUAGCCGGUUGAGUUUGUGCAUGAGAAAGCUCAGGGAUAUGGUGGAGAACCCCCACUCAGGGAUCCCAGGAAAGAUCUUUGCUUGUAUUUCAAUCUCUUUUGUUGCCAUCACUGCAGUCAGCCUCUGUAUCAGCACCAUGCCAGAUGUCAGAGAAGAAGAAGAUCGGGGUGAAUGUUCACAGAAGUGCUACAACAUCUUUGUGCUGGAGACAGUGUGUGUGGCUUGGUUUUCGUUUGAGUUCCUCCUGCGAUCCAUCCAGGCAGAGAACAAGUGUGCUUUCCUGAAAACCCCGCUCAACAUCAUCGACAUCCUGGCUAUCCUGCCUUUCUAUAUCUCUCUCAUUGUGGAUAUGGUCUCUACAAAAAACAGCAGCAAGCCUGGUGGAGGAGCAGGGAACAAGUACCUGGAACGAGUGGGCCUGGUGCUGCGCUUCCUGCGGGCUCUGCGCAUCCUCUACGUGAUGCGAUUAGCUCGGCACUCGCUGGGGCUGCAGACCCUUGGGCUCACCGUACGCCGGUGCACAAGGGAGUUUGGGCUCCUCCUGCUCUUCCUUUGUGUUGCCAUGGCCCUCUUCUCGCCACUGGUAUAUCUGGCUGAGAGCGAACUGGGAGCCAAGCAAGAAUUCACGAGUGUGCCCACCAGUUACUGGUGGGCUGUCAUCUCCAUGACCACUGUUGGCUAUGGGGACAUGGUGCCUCGUAGCAUCCCUGGACAAGUGGUAGCCCUGAGCAGUAUCUUGAGUGGUAUUUUACUGAUGGCCUUCCCGGUCACGUCCAUCUUUCAUACCUUUUCCCGUUCCUACAGUGAGCUGAAGGAGCAGCAGCAACGAGCAGCAAGCAGGCAGAUGCGCCAGCUAGAAGAGAGCACCAGGCUCACAGGUGGUGACAGUUCACAGGGGCUCGGUGUUGCAUCCCCACUAGAUGCCACCAGGGAGGUGGGUCAGCCAGCGGUGGACCAGGAAGCCAAAAGAAGUUAAUUCUCAACAGUUAAAGUGAGUUGGCAGCACAAGAAGCUGUAGACAUGGUGGAUGGGGUCAAUUCUGCAAUCAGAACCUCCUGAAUUGCAUAAAUUAGGAGCAGACACACACAAGAUUUUCCCCAAGGACCAAGUUUUGAUCUUAAGGGCCUACUGAAAAGCGUCCCUAGAAACUCUACCAAGUUCAGCUCUGCUCCAUCACUAUUUGUAGGGCGUUUCUUUUCUAUUGAGCAACUGGUUUUGGCAACCUCAAGGAGCAGCUGUUGAACACAGCCAGGCAGGAGGAUAUAACGAA